AUGGUGGCCAAGCUCAAACAGAAACUGCAGCGCGCCAAACAACUCGCCUGCAACUUUCUCGGCCUGUCAUCCGCCGCCGCAGACGUCGCAGAAUCUACAGACGGCACGAAAGCACAUGGCGGCCCCGUCACAGUCAUGGAGCAGCAAGCACACCAAGACGCCGACGCCCGCUCCAUUGUGAGUCAAGCCAGCCUCAAGCGGACGAGCCCCCAUGACGAAGACGAUGGCGGCGGCGAGUGGCAAACCGUCACCCGGCCAAGCAAAAAGGCCAAAAAGGCCAAAAAGGCCCCCCGCCCCGGAAAGGGCUAUCCCGCUCUCACCUUUUCUUCCAAAGCUCGCCUCAACUCCAAAAUCAACCUCAACCAGCUGCGCGACCUGGUCCUCUACAUCUUUGCCGAUGGCAGCGGGCCUCAGUGGAUCGACGUCUCCCACCGACCUCAGUUCCGGAAAAUCGUCGUCAUCAUGAUCCCGGGACUCGAGGAAGCCAUGUUCAAGGAGAGCGCCGAUUUCGCCACCUACAACGACACCGGCGCAGACGCCGAGCCGAGCCUGCUCACCUCCCCAGACGACUAUUACCCGCGCGUCCUCAAAAAGGAGCAGCUCUCCCCGGCUCUGCAGACUUUUGCAGACAUGUUCCCUCACCUGUGGCCUGUCAGAACGCCCGGCGACGACAAGCACGCAAAGAUGCAUUCCCCCAUGGCAGCAAUGCUCACCGCGCCUGUGCCCAAGGAGAAGACUUCCAAGCAGGGCGGCGUCAAGCCAGCCACCGAGCCUCAAGGCUGGAAAAACGAGAGGACGCGAAUCACCGAGCUCCUUGCCUCUGUUGAUGAACUCGCAGACAAUGGCUUCCUCCUCCAUCCAACCCUGCUCCCAGAGGGCGAGCGGCGGCAAAGUUUUGUCGCCCCCGAGGGCUGGGCCAUUACCAAGGUCGACAAGCUUGAGGACGGCGACGUGCCCGAGGCCGAGAUUGAGAGUGGCUGUGUAACGGCAGGCCGAGAGGUCUUGGCGCUGGACUGUGAAAUGUGCAUGACUGGCGAAAAUGAGUUUGCCCUGACGCGCAUCAGCAUCGUCGACUGGGACGGCGAGGUGGUCAUGGACGAGCUCGUCAAGCCCGACAAACCCAUUGUCGACUACGUCACUCGCUUCUCUGGAAUCACAGAGGAGAUGCUUGCCCCCGUCACGACGACGCUGCGCGACAUUCAGCAAAGACUGGUAGACAUCUUACACCCGCGCACCAUACUCGUCGGCCACUCCCUCGAGUCCGACACCAAGGCGAUGCAGCUGUCGCACCCAUUCAUCGUCGACACAUCCAUGCUGUUCCCCCAUCCUCGGGGCCCUCCGCUCAAGUCGUCUCUCAAGUGGCUCGCCCAAAAGUACCUGUCGCGCGAGAUCCAGAAGGGCGGCGCCCACGGCCACAACAGCAUCGAAGAUGCCAAGACGUGCCUCGACCUCGUCAAGCAGAAGUGCGAAAAGGGGAAGCUGUGGGGCGCCUCGGACUCCCAGGGCGAGAACCUGUUUCGCCGCCUCGCCAGGGCGGGCACCACGUACAAAGCCCAGGGUGGCACCGCGGCCCUGGGCGGCGUCGAGUCGGGCAAGACGAGCGCCGCCAUCGACUGGGGCGACCCGUCCAAGGGGCAGGGCGCCGGGGCGACGUUUCAGCUCGGCUGCCGGUCCGACGACGAGGUGGCAGCCAACGUGAUCCGUGCCGUGCAGGGCGACCCGGACGGCAAGGAGAUCCGUGCCGGCGGCGUCGACUUUGUCUGGGCGCGGAUGCGCGAGCUCGAGGCCCUGCAGGGGUGGUGGAACAGGAACCGCGUCGACAAGGCCAACACCGACGGCGGCCCGCCCGGCGACGAGCUCCCCGAGGACGACGACGAAGCCGCCGCCGCCGUCUCGCCCCUCGAGCGGGCCCUCGCCCAGCUGGCGGCACGCCUCGCCCGCAUCCACGAGGCCCUGCCCGCCUGCACGGGCCUCAUUGUCUACAGCGGCUCGGGCGACCCGCGCGACAUGGCGCGGCUGCAGCAGAUGCACGCCCGCUGGCGCAAGGAGUAUAACACACCCGGCUCCAAGUGGGACGAGCUCAGCGUCCAGUGGACCGACGCCGAGAACCAGCUCCUGCGCCAGGCGGUGCAAAAGGCCCGCUCCGGCAUCGCCUUUAUCGGCGUCAAGUGA